UCACACUGAUGUUUUGCCUUACGGGCAAGCUUCCGUGGAAGAAGUACCCGCUCUACGUACCUUGUCAGUUCGUAGGGGCCUUCAUCGGGGCCGCAGUAACAUAUGGAUUAUACUAUGAGUCGUUAUUUCAAGACAGAGAACAAGACUUUGCUAAUGUAUUUGCGACAUUUCCGGCGCCAGGUGUGUCAACUCUCACUGGCUUUUUUGAUGUGGCGAUGGGUUGUGGUCUUCUGACGGGCUGUACAUGCAUGCUGAUCGACCCUAACAACGCAAAGACAGCGUCCGGUGUGACCCCAAUAGCACUUAUCUUUCUCGUCUACGGUAUAGUUAUGUGUGUCGGAGUACAAACCGGCGCGCCACUCAAUUUCGCUGUUGACCUUUCUGGAAGAUUGUUUGCCGCAUUGGUGGGCUAUAAAUCGUUCCAGCGAGAAAACGUUUCCGAUUACUGGUUCCUGGUCGUGCCAGCGGGCUGCUAUACUGGAACAAUUAUAAUGGUGACGACAUAUCAGCUGCUCAUUGGGAACCAUCUGCCCGAUGCUAACCUUGACUACACAGAGAGGGACAACGAGGACCGUAAAGCCAACAAAGAAAAUGACACAGAUUUGGAAAUAAGAAGAGCCACUUUACAAAGUGAAAGUUGUUCUGUUUUAGACGGCGUUAAUGGCAUCCAUGGAGCAAAUCUAAACGGGUACACGAUGGAUGAACUCGAAAUUGGUGGACUGAUCCCGAUAACUAACUCAGGAAUAACCACCAAUUGUAUUCCCGAGGCGGUGGUGCAGAGAGGUGAUAUUAAUCCGACAAGCAUCCAUUCUCAGCUUCCCCAAGUAGCAAGUUUAUGACUGCCGUCAAAGAGUGAGAGUUACAAUGUGCCGUUAAUCAUUUCGGUUAUAAACUUCUUUUCCUAGAUGAGGAGUUUAAUUUGAAAACGAUGCAUCGUAUAAUAGCUUAU